AUGGACUCUCAUAAGGCGGAUUUUAAUUUAGAAAUCGACUCUGGUCGCAUUGAAGAGAUUAAUGAUGAUUUGGGAAGUGAACAACAAAUAGACAGUACGGAUAAAAAUAGUGGAAGGGGUGGGUAUGAUGAUGAUGAUGAUUUAUUGAUAGAUGACACUGGUGUCGUAGUUGAGGAUAAUGGUAAUGAUGUUGAUAAUAGCAGGUGGAUAAGUGGGAAAAGUGUCAGCGAGAUGGAAGAAGAUUUAUUGAAUUAUGACUCGGAUAAUGAUAUGGAUAUCCAAGAAGACGAAAAUUCUUCUAAUAUAAGACGCAUAGCAAACGAAUUACUACAAAAACCAGUUAAUAAAGUUUUAAUAAAUUGUAAUAGUGACACAUUUUUAUUAUUUGAUUAUAAAAAGAAUGGAAAUUCAAAAAAUAUAGAUGGACUAAGUUCAAGUAAUGAUAGUUGUAGCAAUACUGUAGAUGAUGCGGACAUUUCUUAUCCUAUUAUCUGUGCUGAUGAUCAGAUAAAUUCACAGCCAAGUAAUGUUUUGAUGGCUACAAUACGGCAAUUUUUGGAAAGUUAUUAUGGAAAAUUAAAAUUUACUACUAAAGAGAUAAUAUUAAACAUACCAUCUUUAGAUAUCACUCUUUUUGAGGAUAAUAUUUAUAAUAAUCAAGUCACUUUUGAAGAUAUCCAAACCAUUUUUAGAAUUCUUAAAUCAAGAUCGGAAAAAAAUAAUGAAGCUAAUAUUCCCAAGUUUCUGGUUGGUAAUAUUGAAUUAAGACCAAGGUUUGUUGCUCGUUAUAAUACAUUAGUCGAAUUGACAGAGAGUUCGGCAACUCUAGAAAAUAUCAGACCGUUUUCCAAUGAUAAAAGUCACCCAUUGGUAUUAGAUGAUAAUGUUGUAGAUAUGCAAGAGACGGUUGUGAUGAAUAUAGAUGAAGAUGAUGAUAAUGAUGAUGGUGAUGAUAAGAAUAGGAAGAACAAUAGGGAGGAAAAGGAAGAAAUAAAAAUUGGAAAUAUCAAUUUUCCUGAAAAACGGUCUAAUAAUCAGGAAGAUGAUAAUGAAAAUAUAAAUUCUUCAACUGAAAGUAAUAUAGAAAAUGGUGAUUCCAAACUUAAGGAUAGUGAUGAUGAUUUAUUGGAGAUUGCAUCAAAUAUUGAAUAA